GGCGCGCCCACUAUCCGUCGUCUCAGCAGUCAUGCACUUUCCCCUCAGUGUCGUCUUUGCUGUCUCUGCGGCCUUGGUGUCCAGUGUAUCAGGAGCUGCGGCCCCGCCUCCCGACAACAUCGUCUAUGUCACCGACCUGAACAAGUUCUGCUUGAUGAUGCCCCGGGACCCGCACACCAACAUCGGGGACAGCGAGCAUCCAGGCGGGAUGAAGACCUACUGCUCGCCUGCCGGACGGUAUUCGUCCAUCCAGGGCCAGCUUCCGGGCGCGUUCUGGAGCAACGUCGAGCUGAAGAACGGAAACGGCGUCCACGGCGGGAAGUAUGUCCAAAUGACAGGGUGCAUCCGCCCUGAACUUCUCAGCCGAUUGAACCCGGGCGAUUCCGGAGGACAGUACGACUCCAGUGGCGGCGCUGGCGGGCGCGGCAAUCCGCAAGACUCGGUUUGCUUGGGCUACAAUCAUUACGUUGAGCUCGUCGAACCUGCCGGCCCACGUGCUUGCAUCCGGUGCUGCAACGAUGCUGCAGACUGCCCAACAAACAAAGACACUCAAGGUUGUCCUAACGUCAUCCCCGGCAACUACUUCAACUGCGGUUAAGUUGGCCAUCUUAUAUGAAUGAACGAACACUGUACAUAGUGUCACGGACAUCUACUCUCAAUGAACUGUUAACGUUUACUGUGUUGGACAAUAAUAGUAUCUGGCAUUCAUGACACUCGAC